CAGGUGAGGGGCAUGUGGGGAAAAGGGGGGGGUCUCUCCUGCCUCCCCCCCUCCCGCAGAUCUUCACCAUCCACCUCUCUGGCUGCAGGCUGCCUGUCUACCUGGCUCCAGCCCCCCUUCCCCGGCUCCCCGCCCGGCCCCUCGCCCUCCCUGCUGGUGGUCCCCACCCCGCCGUGCCGGGCCCCAAUAGCUCAGUGAUGGAAGGAGGCGGUAUCCCCCCCCGUACGCACUCCCUCCCCCCCAGGCCUGCCAUUCCCUGGCAGCCCGGAAACACAAAUUCCAGCCCUGGCUGAUUAACUUCUCAUGUUGAAACCCGAAGGCGCGUGGGGGAAGGAUCGACGGCGCGGGGACCGGCUGGCCCUCGUCCGUCCGUCCGUCUGUCUGCACAGGGGCCUUACAGCGUCAGGUCUUUUGAGCGACUCCCCGCUCCGCAGCUGCAGUGACCCAAACCUCCCCCCUACUCUCUCCUCCCGCACCAACCAGAUGCCUCCAUCAUGAGCAUCGAGCCCCACAGGGAGGGGGCGCCAGCCCUGCACUGCCCCUGAGCCUCCCCACUGCCGAGCCAUGGAGCAGCGGGGCCGGGAGCCCCCCAGGGGUGCGAGGCUCUGGGCUGGGAUCGCAUCAAAGGGACACUGCACCUGGUAGGAAUCGCCCAGCGACCGGGGGGGUCAGGACGGAGCGUAGGCCCGAUCCUCAGCUGCAGGAGGGUCAUGAAACGAGCCCAGGGCUGGGUCUGCAGGGAACUGGCCCCCCCAUGCUGCAGGAGACACUGAUACUGCAGGUCCCCGCGGUGAUGCUCAUUCAGCUCCAGGCUAUGGUCACCUCGUUCCUUUGCACCCUCCACGCCGCCCCAUUCCGCCUCCCCUUCCCCACCGGCCCGGACGCCGGGGUCCCCUGGGCCGCGCCGCCCCCCGCCCUGGGUGACUGGGAGCUGUCGUCCCCCCGCGUGGCCCUGGCCAGCCGAGCCCCCGCCGGGCCCCCCCUGCUGCUGCUGCUGGAGGAGGAGCCGGGCGUGCGGGCGGGGCCGGCCAACGGGACGCGGCGGGCACGGCGGGCCGAGGGGGUGGAGGCGGCCCGCCGGGGCGAGAUGUCCGUGUGCGACAGCGUCAGCGUCUGGGUGACCGACAAGCGCUCGGCCGUGGACAUCCGGGGCAAGGUGGUGACGGUGCUGUCCGAGGUGCAGACGCUCACCGGGCCGCUCAAGCAGUAUUUCUUCGAGACCAAGUGCAACCCGGCGGGCGGGACGGCGGGCGGGUGCCGGGGCGUGGACCGGCGCCACUGGCUCUCCGAGUGCAAGGCCAAGCAGUCCUACGUGCGGGCCCUGACGGCCGACGCGGACAAGCUGGUGGGCUGGCGCUGGAUCCGCAUCGACACGGCCUGUGUUUGCACCCUGCUGAACCGCGCCGGGCGGACGUAGCUGGGGGGGCCCCCGCUCGCGGCUGGAGGGACGGAGCCCCCGGCACCCGCCGCGCCGGGCUCUGCUUGGGAACCGGAGCGCCUCAGACACUAACUCAGGCCUGCCGCCUGCGGGCCCCAUGGACGCUGUGGGUCAUCCCAGGGGCUGGGGGCAGGCUCGGAGGCUGAGCUGUGGGGCUGCGGGCUGUGGGCACUGUGGGUCAUCCCAGGGGCUGGGGACCAGGCUCAGAGGCUGAAGUGUGGAGCUGGGCGCCAUGGGCGAGUCCAGGGGCUGGGGGCCAGGCUCAGAGGCUGAGGUGUGGGGCUGGGCGCCGUGGGUCAGCCCAGGGGCUGGGGGCCAGGCUCAGAGGCUGAGG